UUUAAGCACAGCCACAGAUUACAGUACUUUUCCUUUGCUGCGUAUUACAACUGCAUCGAAAAAUUAAUGCUAGUCUAAUCGCUGAUGUUCUUGUUGUUGUUCAAAACAUUUCAUUCCCUAUCUUACACCACGAUUUCGACAAGCAUGGCAUUGUUAGAGAGGCUUCCCAGUUACCAAAUGGAAAUAUUCGAUAUCAUACGCUAUAUCAAGGAUCCGGAACAUCCACAGACUCUUGAGGAUCUUAAAGUGGUGUACGCGGAAGGUGUGCGCGUGGAACACAGAAGCAGACACCAGGAAUUGAACGAGUGCCAACCCAGUAUUCCGAUUCCUACCAGGAAUGUUCGCGCCGAUACUAUAAGCUCGGAUGAACGUCUUAAUGUUUAUGUGGAAUUCACUCCCACAGUUCCACACUGCUCCUUGGCCACACUCAUUGGGUUGUGCAUCCGUGUGAAACUGGAACAAGCGUAUCCAGGGCAGUUGAAAUUAAACGUCUGUGUGAAAGAAGGGACGCACAAUACAGCAGCGGAGAUCUCUAAACAGCUGAACGAUAAAGAACGAGUGGCCGCAGCAAUGGAAAAUUCUCAGAUGAAGGACCUUGUUAUGGAGUGUAUAUCAUACGCAUAAAUGGCAUAAUAUGCGAGAUUGUUGGCGACGUCAUACAUUACAUGUGCAGUGAAUUUGGGGUGUGUUAUUGAUGUGAUAUGCUUUUGUACUGUUAUAAUACGGUGGAAGUAGUCAUUUAUUUUGAUGACUUUUCAUCGACUGUGAUAUGUCUAGUUCAUUAUUAUCAUAUAUCUGAUUCUUUCGUUAUAAAUGGUGUGAUUUGCCGUUUGAACAUAAUUUGAAAGUUGUCACAGAUGGAUGGCAUAUAUAUUAGAUGCUUUGUUUUACAAACGGAUUUUAAAGUAAGAAUGCGAGCUUUUAAACCAUUUUUGGAAUAAAUAUAGUUUGAUGCAGCCAGUGUUUCGGGUACUAAGGGGAAGAUUUGACUUUAUUCCAAAAAUUAACCUGUGCGUUUGAUCUUUCCCUCUUAAUUUUGAA